AUUUAUUAUUUUGAUGCAAAGAGACUUGACUCCAUAGGAUGUAUUGCCUUUGAUAGUAGAAUACUUAAGAUCUAUCGGAUUAAAGAAAUCUGCAAAGCAAAUAGAUUCUUUAUAUGAACAUGAUGAAACCCCUAUGAUUAAUAAGGAUUUAUCAAAGAUAGUAAAAUAUUAUGUUGAAGGACAUCCGUAAUUUUUAAUAAAAUAUUAAUUAGUAAGCUUGCUAAUAAAUUUGUUGCUGACAUUGAAAAUGAUGAAGAAAAAGAAGAAGAAGAGGAAACUGAAUAACCAAAAUAAGAGGAGAAGAAUAAAAAAUAAUAGUAAAAAGAAUUGUAAGAUAAAAGAACAUUUACAUAAAUGAAUAGUAUUGAGAUAUUUAAUUUUUAGUGAUACCAAUUAAUGAUGAAGUUUAAGAUUAAAAAGAGAAGAAGAGAUUUUUCUAAAAAUGUGAUGAGACAAUUUAUGAAAAAUUACCAGAACAUUUGAGAGAUAAUACAUUUGAAGCUAAAAAGAAAUUUGGAGAAGGAGAUUAAUAUGGAGAGUUUGGAAAUGAUAAAUUGAAAUUUACAAGGGGAGAUAAUUUUAAGAAGGAAAAAGGAAAAUUAAAGAAUAGAUAAUUUUAAGGUAUGGGUAGUAUUAAUUUGAAUUCAAUAAACUCAAUUAAGUUAUGAUAUUUAAAAAUAUUAAAAAAAUUU